AUGGCUGAUGAAUCAGGAGCUAUUAACAGGAAUACCAGCAAUACCAACUACGGAACCAUCGAGAAUGAAGGAGGGCCAAGUACACAUCAAAUUCAUGAAGUUCAUAUCGACCCUCGUGGUUGGUCAUUCAUCAAAUAUAAAUUCCGCGAACCUUUUGCUGAAUUCUUGGGAACUUUUACCUUGGUAACCUUUGGUAUUGGUAGUAUCGCUCAAACAGUGCUUAGUAAAGGAGAAAACGGAAAUUGGAUUACCAUCUCUCUCGGGUUUGGAUUAGGAUUGGCGUUGGCCUUAGCUGUGUCUGGAAGUAUUUCGGGAGGACAUUUAAAUCCGGCCGUUACGAUCACACUUGCCGUCUAUCGUAACUUUCCUUGGUUGAAAGUUCCUAUAUACAUCCUUGCCCAAACAGCCGGUGCUUUCGUAGCUGCUUUUGUGGUCUACUUGAAUUAUCAUGCAGCCCUUGCUAAUUUUGAUGGAGGAAAUCGUAUCGUCACUGGCGCGAAUGCCACGGCCGGAAUAUUUGCAACAUACCCCGCUCCAUUCAUGGGUACACUGGGUUCAUUCUUUUCCGAAGCACUUGGCACGUUCUUCCUGUUGUUGGUGAUUCUCGCGGUGACCGAUAGUCACCGUAAUCACCCCAACAUCACCAUUGUAGCACCCAUCAUCAUCGGCUUAGGAUUAUUCACCAUCGCUAUUUCCUUCGGUUACGAAACAGGAUUCGCAUUGAACGGAGCUCGUGAUUUUGGGCCUCGUUUAUUUACAUUUUUGGUUGGUUAUGGAGUAGAAGUGUUUACCGCUUCCAAGUUUUAUUUCUGGAUCCCCUUGGUGGCACCGGUGGUUGGUGGUUUGUCGGCAGGGUUUGUUUAUGAUUCGUUGAUUUACUGGGGAAAGUCACCAUUGAAUAAUAACUAG